CUUCUGCCUGUUUGCUCGUCACUUUUUUCUGCAUCAGAGUGGGAUGUAGAUUUCAGUGAGGAUCAUAGCAGACAGUUUCUCGCGCUCCAGUUUGUUUUGUUUUUUUAGCCCAGGAAAUGAUGGAACCCAGUCUGCUGGAAACCGUUUGGACAGAGAGGAUUUUUUAUUAAUAAGAAGGAGAACAUUUACUCGAAGUUUUGGAGUGUUUAUUUGAAUCUUUGCAGUGGGAUGGGACUCAAUCACUUCCAGUGUCUGCUGCUCUGUGCAGCUGCCCUGACGGUUUCUGGAGUCUUUGGUAAGGAUGAGAGCACCGAGGCGUACAGGUGGACCAGGCAGAGUCUCCCGGUGCUCCUGGACACGCACACAGAACAUUUAAACACGCCUUUGUUCAGAGGCCAGGAGGAGGAUGAGGAGAGAGGAGGGACAAAGACACUCUGUGGAAUUGAGUGUCAAAGCAGCCUACCACCUAUGGACCAGACUGAGCAAGAGAGGAUUCUGGGAUAUGAGACAAUCUAUGAGAAUGGCACUCGCACGCAUACAGAUAUCAGUUUGCAGGGUUUUAACAAGACGUCUGCAGGAACACCGGCCCACUCACCAGCUCAUACCCGCAGGAAACGGCAGGUUUACGGAGCAGAUGGACGCUUUGUGAUCUCUGACUCGCAUUUCAUCACCAACUACCCUUUCUCCACUGCUGUCCGUCUCUCCACAGGCUGCUCUGGAGUCCUAAUAUCUCAGAAACAUGUGUUAACAGCGGCACACUGCAUCCAUGAUGGGAGGGACUACCUAGAGGCUGCCAGAAGGCUUAGAGUAGGGGUGUUACAGCUCAAGACUAAAAGAAGAAGAGGGGGUAGGAGGAGAGGAGGGCGGCGGAGGGGUGGGAGGAAAGGAGAGGGGGAGAGAGGUGAGGAGCAGAUAAUGGAGGAAGGUGAGGAGCAGAAUAGUAUAGGUGGAGAUGUAGUGAGAGGGAGAAAGGGAGGCAAAGGCAGGAAGCGCAGGGGAAGAAAAGAGGGUGAGGAGGGUACAGCUGAUCAUGGCAAUAUAGGUGAGUUCAAGAGAGGAGGACGAGGAGGGAGACGAAAAAGUCUCAACCGUAUACAACGUAGUGCUGAACCCAGGAAGCAGCCUGUCUUCCGUUGGUCACGAGUUAAACAAACCCAAAUCCCUCAAGGAUGGAUCCAAACCGAGAGCUCCACCAACUCAGUGUCCACUGACUAUGAUUACGCUCUUCUGGAGCUGAGACGACCCAUCAAACAAAAGUACAUGGAGCUCGGAGUGGCGCCCUCUGCCACACCCCUGGCACGGAUCCACUUUUCAGGCUAUGACGCUGACAAAAGCCUGCUGGACGGGCGUGGAGAUGAGAAGGUGGUUUACCGUUUUUGUUCAGUGACAAACGAGUCUGACAAUUUGAUGUACCAGCACUGUGAUGCGCAGCCGGGCUCUACAGGUGCAGGUGUUUACAUUCGUCUGAGGAAGGAAGUGGGAGACGCAGGCAGGAAAGGGAAGUGGCAGCGGAGGGUGAUUGGGGUGUUUUCAGGCCAUCAGUGGGUAGAGAUGGAGGGAGGUGAGCGGAAGGACUUUAAUGUUGCAGUGAGGAUCACUCCACCCAAAUAUGCCCAGAUCUGUCACUGGAUCCAUGGAGAUCCACUUCUUUGUAAAGAGGUUUGACUGCAAAGCAAUGGAUCUACAAGAGAAACAUAUUGGCUGUCACUUUCAAAGAGACUCAAAGAUCUGGGCCCAUAUGUAUAACAAAAAAAUAGUCUUAAGAAUUUUCUUAAACUUUGACUUAUGAGUUGAAAAAUGUAGGACUUAGAAGCUUUGUACAAACACAAACGUGACACAAAUGUUUAAAAGUGAAGACAGCAGUGUUGUCAGUUGAGGGCUGCAAUCAUGUCCACCCAAAACGCCCUUCCUCAAGCACUCAAGCCAAUAGCACGCCUCCAAAGGUUAUGUGUCAUGGCUGCAUCACGGCUUCAUGCACACCUCAUCAUGAUUAAGCCUGCCCAUCAUUAAUUGUGUCCAACAUUAUAAAUGCUUCAAUAUAUUGCAGGAUGAAGAAAGCUUAUAGAAGAUAUUUCCCCUACAGCUAUAAUGACAAUGUUAAUCAAUGCUGUUUGGGAUAUUUUGAAAAGGUUAGGGUGAUGUGUAAGAUCAGUGUAAAAUCAGUGGAGUUCCCCUUUAAAAAGUUUACUGGCAAGUUUAAAUAUUUAGAAUCAGUUUAAUUUUUAAUUUCUGUGUUUUGCUACUCAUUGUCUUUCAAACUAACUAGAAUUCAUGUAUUUCACUGCUCAGCUAACAAUUAUUAUUUCACUUUUUGUAAUUGUUAUAAAUGAGGGUAAUACAAACAUUAGGGAGACUGGCACUAACAUGUGAAUGUUUGUAUUAAUGCUGAAACCAUCCUGUUUUCAUGUUGUAUAAGAGUGUGGGUCUUAGGACAACUGUAUCUUUUAUUAAUUUAUCAUCAUACAUUUCCAAAAUAUGGAAAGUGUGUAGCCACUGCUGGUCACUCCUAACUAACACAGGAGACCUGAGACCGAGUCUUAAUAUUUAGUAAUGUUCAUGCAUGGCACUUAUUCUUAACUGUAAGAAUAAGAGCAAAAUGACUUUUGAAAUUUUGACACAUUUAAGACCAAAUUGUUUCUCUUUUUCUCUGAGAUGAACUCACCUCUUCAGUGUCAGGCCAAAUCAGGAAACCUAUAAUCCAAGACUGCUACUGUACUGGGUCUACACAACAUACAUGUGUAUUUUCUGACAUUUAAAAGCGAGUAACAAUUUCUUGUAUUGUAAUUUAGUCUGUUAUUGAACUUAAGGAAUGUUCAUGCCACAAACAAUUUUUGUCAACAGAAAUAAUUAAAUUCUGAUAAUAAAAUAAAAAUGUUGAAUUUUCAAACAACAUACUGACAAAAGCAGAGCAGAGAUAAGUGAUGAGCCAUGAGGGUAGUUUGGAUCAGUGUAUUUGUCUUUUAUUGCAUCUCAUUUGGACUCACAUGCAGGUGGGGGCGAGGGAGGGAGGACGAUGCCAUCCAAAAAAACAACAACACAGCCUUCAUAUGAAUACUUAGCAAACAUUAUUUAUCCACAU